AUGCACCGCCACGAGCCCGGCUAUUGUUGCGGGCUGCGAAGGUCACGGCACUUCCCCCGGGACAGGGAUAGGGAUAGGGACAUGGGAGAAGGACAGAAGCCGUCGCCGUGCCCGCUCGCCGCCCCCGGUCCCGUCAACGCUCUGCAGCGGGAUUCGCCGUCCGGCAAUGGGCACGCUGCCCGCGGGGCUACCCAGCGCCUGCAGCACCUGGAGAGGAUCCUGGAGAACAGCACGCAGUGGUUGCUGAAGUUGGAGAGCUCCAUCCAGAACGGCAUGAAGCCGGAGGUGGCGCGGCUGCGGCAGACGGCGGUGCGGAACCACACGGCCACCAUGCUGGAGAUCGGCAGCUCCCUGCUGAACCGCAGCGCUGAGCAGAGCCGCAAGCUCACCGACGUGGAGGCGCAGGUGCUGAACCAGACGUCACGCAUCGAGAUGCAGCUGCUGGAGAACUCCCUGUCCACCACCAAGCUGGAGAAGCAGCUGCUGGUGCAGACAAACGAGAUCCACCAGCUGCAGAGCAGGAACAACAUCCUGGAGGUGCGGGUGCUGGAUAUGGAGGCAAAGCACCAGGCAGAGUUGGCAGGGAUCCGCUCAGAGAAGGAGAGGCUGCAGCACCUGGUGAGCAGGCAGAGCGGCACCAUCGAGGAGCUGGAGAAGUCUCUGCUGGCAGCCAGUGCCAACGCCAGCCUGCUGCAGCGACAGCAGCUGCAGCUCCUGGAGUCGGUGCAGAGCCUGGUGCGCCUUGUGGCAGAGGGUAGAGUCCUGCUGCCUGGUGAGGAGCAGCGUUUCCAGGACUGCACCGAGGUGCUCCGGGCCGGCAGCCGUGCCAGCGGGGUGUACACCCUGCACAUCACCAACAUGAGCCAGCCCAGGAAGGUGUUCUGUGACAUGGAGACAGACGGCGGUGGCUGGACGGUCAUCCAGCUCCGCACCAACGGCAGCGUCAGCUUCCAGCGGGGCUGGAGGGAGUACAAGCAGGGCUUUGGGGAUGCGGCGGGGGAGCACUGGCUGGGCAACGAAGCCGUGCACCUCCUGACGAACCGGGAACCCUACGUGCUGCGUGUGGAGCUGCGGGAUUGGGAGGGCAGCCACGUCUAUGCCCACUAUGGGAGGUUUCAGCUGGACAGUGAGCGGCUGCUCUACAGGCUCUCACUACAGGACUACAGCGGCACAGCCGGGCAGCAGAGCGGCUUGGCCAUGCAGGGCACCAACUUCAGCACCCGCGAUGCUGACAACGACAACUGCCUCUGCAAGUGUGCCCAGAUGCUGUCAGGAGGGUGGUGGUUCGACGCCUGCGGGCUCUCCAACCUGAAUGGCAUCUACUACCCGGCACGGCACAACAUCCGCAAGCUGAACGGCAUCCGCUGGCACUACUUCCAGGGGCCCAGCUACUCACUGAAGGGCACCCGCAUGCUGAUACGGCCCGCGGGCUUUUAGCCGGCCGGAGUGGCGCAGCGGGAGGACGGAGCCCCCGGAGAGCUUCCCCCCAUUAUUUUUUUCUCACUCUUGUUUCUCUCAGAUCUCAGAGCUGACUCUGAGCCAGCCUCACCCCUGCGAGCUGCAGCGCGUGGAUCCCAUUCCCUCCUGGUUUCUCCCUAUCUCCCCCAUGUCUGUGGGUCUCCGGGCUCCGUGCUGUGCUGGAGUGUGUGUCUGGGACCACCAGACCUCCUGCAUGAGUCACACAGGGUCAGGCAGACCAUAUUUUGUCUUUCCUAUAUAUUUUAGGGCGCUGCCCUAAAUUCCCCAUUGCUUUGCUUUUCCUGCAGGAUGAGUAGAACCAGUGUGUGAGUGCAUGGCAUCCCUCCUCUCUGCACGGUCAUUAAGGGGGACACGGCUGUCCCCUCCUGCAUGCACUCUACCCAUGCGAGGGGAUCACUGGCUGUGCAUAUCCUGAUGGGACAGGGACAGCACGAAGGGACAGAGGUGCCACCAGAGGCACGGGGCUGGGUGCCAGCACACAGGGGUGGUGAUGGGGGUGGCACAUUGUGAUGGGGCUGUGCUUUGAGGUGGGGCACGGGGAGCUAAGGAUGAUGAGGGAGCUUGGAGCUGGGGACGAAGGUGCUGGUGGGGCUGACAGCCCAUUUGGUUUAUUGGCACGGAGAAUCCAGACUUGGACCCAGGCAUGUUUGGUGAAAGCCUGGAGAACGUGGGGCAAAGCUCAGUAGUUUUUCCUUCUGCUGAGAAAAGCCCCCACACCCACCUAUGUCUCGGAUCUUGGCAUGGGAACCCUUUUAUUUUUGUACUGAGAGAUAUUUAUUGGCCAAGAGCUGCACCAGGCAGCACCCAGCCCUGUCCUGGCAGCAGCACGAUGCCCCCAGACCCACGCUGGCCCCACACGGCAGCAGCUGGGACAGAAGCAGAGCGAGCACCAGAGGAUCUCUGCUUACAGGACAGGGUGGGAGAGUCACCCCAGGGUACCUGCAUGGGGCUGAGACCCCCAUGCACAGCUCCCACCUUUGCCAGGCGCUCUUGCAGUGGUGGGGAUGGGAGCUGUGGCUGUGGGGUCACUACCGGGGACAGCAGCAGCACUGCGUCAGCCCCAUGGAUGCAGUAUGUAUGAUCUCCACAUAAAGGACCUUCCAGCAGUCUCCCUGCUACGUCUGCAUCAUUCAAGGGGGUGCAGCCCUAUCCCGACCCGCUGAGCACUGAUUGAGCUCAGAGCAUAGAUGAGGGUGACACCAGGCUCCACAGCACUUCCCAUCUUAUCGUGGGCCGCCCCUGUUCCCCUCGACCCUAUUGCCACUAGGGGUCCUCCGCAGCCUGGUGACGUUGCAUCCCCAUCUACGGGGGACAGGAGUGUUGUGCCCUGGUGGAUCCCCAGCAGACUCUGGGGACCGGCAGUGGUAGCAGCUUUGCCACAGGCCAUGAGCCACCCCCAACUGCCCCCGCAGCACCCAUCCCUCAGACACCCCCACAGACCUGCUUCCUCCCCUCCCCCAUUCAUAAGGCAUUUGCUAAUUAACACUGAUUAAAACAUGCGAUGCAGCUGG